AUGUUCAAGAUUUUCUUGCUCGCCGCUCUGGGACGCGCUGUCCUUGCUGUGCCUGCAGAAGCUAUUCAGGGCACCGCUCUCGACCGACGUGCAAACACUUGGGAAGCACAUGCCAAAUACUACGGCCUGGGAGGCAGUGUCGGAAAUGAGAUCUACAUCUCAGGCACCUGGGAACCCGCCACUAGCAAACCCAUCGGCAGCGACACGGGACCAUGCACCGCAAGCAUAGGAGGAAUCAGCACCGGCACCCCCUUCAAUGUUAAUUGUGCGUGCCAGAUUACAAGCAACAACCCAUUCGGUAUCACUUCAGAGUGCAUCCUGGACUUCAGUGAGGAAGAUUCUGGCGGUAAUUGGGCUGCAGCAUUUUCUGUGGCUUUUGUCUGUAAUGCAUUCAGCAGCUGUACUGGUACAAAUGCGUACGCGGUCAGUUCUCCGAAGUCUCGAUGCACCAAUCAGGCUGGCAAUCCUUGCGGGGGUUUUCGAGUUACUCCUUAG